GUAGAAAGCAGUUGCAGCCAUUUUAGCCCCACCGGACAUGAACCUUCCACCAUUUAGUAAAUCCUCCGGAAUAAUCCAUACAGGACUGUCUGACAGGUGUUUUUACCAUGGUAACCCUCAACGGCUUGAGUCUCGAAGACCCCCGAGAUGUUCUUCCACUGCUGCCUGAGACUGCAGAGGCAAAAGUGACGACACCUGCAGCGCACAAACAAGAAGGAACACCAUGCAGAGAGUUUUUCAUCAGCAGGACUGAAAAUGCUGUCCUCAGUGUGAUUCUUCUGCUUGGGUGCUACUCUGCAAUUCUGAUUCCAGCAUAUUUCCCCCUGCAUAAACUAUCUGUUAUUGAUGAUCAAUAUCCCAAAUGGCAGGAGGUGUUUAACCGUUCAACCUCGCUGCUGUCAGACCGGUGUCAACGUCGCUGGUGUGUGGAGCGCCUGAAGCAGCUGCCGUGCUCUUCGGCCCUGACGAACGUCCCCGUGUUCGUGCGGCGAGAAGCCAGCGCCGCAUCGUGGGAUAUGCCGCCUCCUCUGGGGCUCCGCGGGAGUCGAGAGCAUCUGGCCCGGGCUCUGGCGUCUAUGCCACAGCCGGGCCCGCCUCACUCCCUGAGGAGAGGCGGCGGCUGCAGAAGAUGUGUGGUGGUGGGCAGCGGAAGGGUCCUCCACGGGAGCAACCUCGGAUCGCAUAUAGAUCAGUACGAUGUCAUCAUUAGGAUGAACAAUGCUCCCGUGCUUGGCUACGAGACAGACGCCGGUUCUCGCACCACCAUCCGUUUGAUUUAUCCGGAAGGAGCACCCAGCUCUGCUGAUGAGUACAGCAAGACGGAGGUCGUUGCUCUUGUGGUCUUCAAGAGUCUGGACCUAGACUGGCUCACCUCUAUCAUCACCAAAAAACCUCUCGGCUUCUGGUCCAAGUUGUGGUUUUGGAAGGACGUAGUGGAUGAUAUUCCCUUGAGAGCAGAGAACUUCCAGAUCCUCCAUCCUGACAUUAUUCGUAAGACUGGAGAAGUCCUACAGGAAUACUCACAGAAAAAAGGAAAUUCGAUGGUGCCCACGCUGGGGGCUGGCGCAGUGGUGAUGGCGCUGCAACUGUGUGACCACGUGAGCCUGGCAGGCUUUGGUUACAACAUGCAACACCCUCACGCUCUGCUUCACUACUACGGGACCACACGGAUGGCCGCUAUGAAGGCUCAGGUGGUGCAUGACGUCAGCUCUGAGAAGCUUUUUCUGAGGCAGCUGGUGGCAGCUGGCGCUGUCAGCGACCUCACGGGAGCGCUGUGACGCGGACGCGCAGACGCUGACACCAACAUGAACUCAACACGUGCUCGC